AUGAAAUUCGACGAUCUAAUAAGAGGUCUGUGGGAACCAUGCCUACAGUGCGCCUACUCUAUCCCAAAUAACCGAGCAAUAUACACGUUUACGGUCAGCAAAGCGGCUACAGCGAAUAACUGCAGCAUAUUCAAGUUGAAUAUAUGGAUGAUUGGACUCGUGUUCAAAGUUAUUCCAUGUAUACUACUGAUGUUCUUCAGCGUAGGUCUGGUUAAUAAGAUUCGUCAAGCCGAGCAACAUCGACGGAAGCUCACAAAUGUCAGCAUGAACAAUGUGAACUCCUGUGACAGCAAUACGUCCGGGAAAAAGAAGUCAUACAAAUCAGACCGUACAACAACGAUGUUGGUUGUGAUCUUGGCUGUGUUUUUGAUAACAGAACUGCCUCAGGGAAUCAUCUCCAUAUUGUGUGCCAUUUUUACUACAGACGUGCAUAAAUUAUGCAUUACCAAGCAGACAACUACUGCGAGUAACUUUAAUUUCACUCAACUGCAGUUACAACGAAAAAACAGCAACAAAGUGAGGAAUAAAGAAUACGCUCCUUUGGCUACUGAAGCCGAAGAGCAUCGCGACGAAUGCGGCAGUGGCAUCGGAUCUGAGGACAGUCGAGAACGGGUCGAACAGCUCUGA